AUGAAAGAUGGGCAUGUGGCUGGAGCUACCACCGGAGGGCGCCAGACCCAAGGCUACACCCUCCCCACACUGGCUCCGAAGGGCUGCAGUGAAGGGGCCAGAAAAGAGCCCACCGGCACCGCGGGGCUGGUGUCAGCUUGCCAGCCAGGAGCUAAGGAUGACUGUCCUAGGUGGCCGUGCAGGGACAGCUGUCCAGCUGAGGAGAGAGAGGGUGGGGAGGUGUUAUCUCAUGAGGAUGACCAUCUCGGGGAGGCUGUGCUCUGUGGGUGCCUCCUGGCUCAGCGGCUUUCAGCACAGGACCACCUGAGACUUGGCCAUAGGCUUGUCCUCAACCCCGUGCAGACGCCACGCUUCAGCACAUAG